AUGAGUUCUCACUCAACCCAAGUCAAGUUCUUUUAUCUCUUUGGCUUACAAGAGACAUUUAAUAACAAAUCAGUAUAUUUUCUCUUGUCUCUUAUCACAUAUCUUCUCAUCAUCACUGUGAAUCUGACUAUGAUCAUAACAAUCAUUCAGGGGAAAGGCCUCCAUGAGCCCAUGUAUAUCUUUMUGUGUAGUCUAUGUGUCAAUGGAUUGUAUGGAACUGCUGGUUUCUACCCCAAGUUCUUACUGGACCUUCAGUCAGAUGUUCAGGUGAUAUCUUAUGGUGGAUGUUUCACUCAAGCCUAUGUAAUAUACACAUCUGUCAUGUGUGAACUUUCUACUCUAACAGUGAUGUCUUAUGACAGGUAUGUGGCAAUAUGCAGACCACUACUAUACCAUACCAUUGUGACAAAUUCAACUGUUAGAAAGUUACUCUUAUUUUCUUGGUGUUUUCCUUUAUUUAUAGCACUUAUAGCAGUUAGUUCAGCUGUCAGAAUUCCUUUGUGUGGAUCUCGCAUUGAUAAGAUCUUCUGUGACAUUCCGUCUAUACUGAAACAUGCAUGUUUACCCAUUACCAUCAAUCCGAUUUUGAACAAAUGUAUAAUAGUGGUUCAUGUUUUAGAGAUACUUUUCAUAGUAUUUUCUUACUGUCAGAUUGUAAGGACUUGUGUAAAGUCAGCUAAGGGAAGGAUUAAGUUCACACAGACAUGUGUGCCACAUUUAAUAACAAUGGUUAUUUUCGUCACAGUGACCCUGUUUGACACUUUGCAAGGAUGGAAUAGUAAUGUAAAUAUUACGCUAAAUAUGCGUAAUGCAAUGGCUGUACAAUUCCUUGUUAUACCACCUGUCUUAAACCCUGUCAUAUAUGGACUUAACCUCCAGCAGAUUCGACUGGCAGUUUUUAGAAAUUGUAAUGCACAUAAAACCAUUGAUGUGAGACAUUAG